AUGGGGAAUAUCUCAAAGAAAAAUGAAAUGCCACAACAAGGAAUUUUGGAGAUUGAGUUAUUUGAUGUUUGGGGCAUAGAUUUCAUGGGACUAUUCCCAUCAUCUUUUGGGAAUAAACACAUUUUGGUAGGUGUGGAUUAUGUGUCAAAAUGGGUUGAGGCCAUUGCUUCCCCUACAAAUGAUGCAAGGUUUGAAAAUCUUUUGAAGAAAUAUGGAGUUACUCAUGAGGUAGCUACACCUUACAAUCCUCAGACCAGUGGGCAAGUUGAAGUAUCUAAUAGGGAAUUGAAGAGAAUUUUGGAAAAAAUUGUUAAUCAUUCAAUGAAGGAUUGGUCAUUGAGGCUAGAUGAUGCAUUAUGGGCAUACAGGACAGCUUACAAGACACGCAUUGGAACUACACCUUUUAAGUUAGUCUAUGGAAAAUCAUAUCAUUUGUUGGUUGAGUUGGAACACAAAGCAUAUUGGGCAAUCCGAACUUUGAAUUUUGACUUAAAAAGUGCUAGAGAGAAAAGGUUGCUUCAAUUAAAUGAACUUGAAGAGAUAAGGUUGGAUGCAUAUGAGAAUGCUACGAUUUUUAAGAAAAUGACUAGAUUUUGGCAUGAUAAGUAUAUUAAAAGAAAGGAGUUUGAAGAGGGUAACCUGGUUUUAUUGUACAAUUCUAGACUUAGACUCUUUCCUAGGAAGUUGAAAUCAAGAUGGUCUAGUACUUUCAAGGUUGUGAAAGUUUAUCCCCAUGGAGCUGUGGAUAUUUGGAGUGAAAAUUCUAGGAUUUUUAAAGUUAAUAGUCAAAGGCUUAAGAUUUAUAUCACAGGCCAGCCAAUUGAGAAGGGAACAAGUUGUUUCCUUGAUGAUCCACCAAUUCACUGA